GUCUCACCCAGUGAGCUUCAUGACCGAGUGGGGGAUUUUGAACCCAGGCCCCCCAGCUCCUAGUCCUGGGAACUGUAGUUUUCCUCGGAGUUACAAUUCCCAGCACCCUUAACAAACUACAGUUCCCAGUGGGGGUUUUUUGGGAAGGGAGUCAUAUGCUUUCAGCGUCCUUUAUUUAUUUUACUCAUUUAUCACAUUUCUAUCCCACCUUUUCCUCCCAAGGAGCUCAAAUUGGCCUAUAUGGGUCUUACCCAGUGGGCUUGAUGGCCGAGGGGGGCGGAUUUGAACCCGGGACUCUAACCAGUGCACCGCACUGCCUUUCAUGUGCCGGGAUUGCUUCAACAUACGCUGCAAUUCCCAGCUGACGCGUAAAGAUGAACCCGUGCGGUUCCCAUAGGAGUUUUACUCCCGGGGAAGGAAACGUGCGUGCAUUGCAUCGCUGGGAUCCAGUCCUUUGCAAUCGCCCGGCCCCUCCCCUCUGCGCCCUGCCCUCUUGUCUCCUUUAAGAGGAGGAGCUGGGCCGGGCAGCUGGGAGGUUAUUUGGAGCCCAUGUGACGCGACGCUGCUCGGCUUCUUAGUAGCGGAGACUCUGGCCUGGCGUCGGAUUCAAGGCGGGGAGCGCUGGGAGUGAAGGCGAUCCGAGAGACCCGGGGCUUCGCUGCCGCCUUCGUCGUCCACGGAGUUUGCAACCCACCCCGAGGUACAUGCUCCGAGCUCGUGUGCAUGCACGCACAGAGAGAGAAAAAGAGACUUGCAAUAUUGCUCGCAAGACUCUUUGGCCGCUUUGUUCAGGGUAGGAGGAGGAAAAAGAACCCAACUGUCCUGCAACCGCAGAGUUGACGAUAAGCCUUAUUUUGCAACCCCUGCCAACAAAACCUCUGAUCCAUGAGCAGGCUUCGGGAGGAAUAAUAAAAAAAAAAUCUACCUCGGAAUGGUGUGCCCCGGAUUUGUUGGGAGGUAAGACCGGAAAGUGGUGGGAUAUGUCCGCGAAAGGGAGUUGUGUUUUCCCCCCUACCCCUCCCUGUUCCUGUAAACUUGGAGUCUCUUGAUUCGGAGUCGCUGCCCCUUUAGCUGCGUGUGAAUGCAGAAGAGUUUUCAUCCUCUCCGGAUCAAUGGAUUCGCUGAGUGUUUGACUCGCCCUGAUGUUGUUGUAAGGGGCUGAAAGCUCUUUAGCAAAAUAAAAAUGCCCUUUUGGUUAUUUCUUUGCUUUUGAAAUGGCAUAAUGUUGAGACAGCAGUCUUGGGGACACUUCCUUGCCUCUUAAAAAAAUCCUGUCCGUGUGUCUUUUUUACUAAGUAAGUACAGGAUCGUGGUAUGAAUCGUCUUGCAGAAAGAAGUGCGGCUGUGGGAUAAUUUUGGAGCUGACAAACCCUGGGAUGGCCUUAUGUAUGUUCCAAAAAGUUGAGCAAAUUGGCGAUUUGGUGUGUGUGUUUGUUAAAAGCCAGGAAAAACAUUUAUUUCUUCCUACUCCUGGCUGCCUGUAUAACCGAUUCCUGAAAGCCACAAUCCAGCACUUCUAGGAAGCUGCUUUCUUCUAAGUCAGAUCUUUGCUCAGUAUUGUCUACUCUGGCUGGCAGCUGUUCCUCUGGGGCUUCUGUCUUCCCAGCCCCGCUUGGAGAGGCUGAGAAUUGUACCUUUGGCAUUCAGAGCCAAGUGUUUUCCUGCUGAGCCACAGUUCUUCUCAUUGGGAGUUUUGAUUCCCAUUGAUCAUAGACCCUCCCAUUGAAAUUGUAAUCGGAAAGGGUGACAGCUGGAUCUCACUCUGGGCGUGUGGUUUUUAUUAGAUCUUUGCACGACUAGAAGUGGCAGCGCUUUGACAGAUAUUUCAGGCAUUCUCAAGGUCUCUUAAAACAGUUGCUCUUACAGAAGCAAACUUAACUUGACUCUCAGAUGCUCAUGUGGGCACUUUCCCCCCUUUCUGCCUGCUCGAUCUUCCCAUCAACCUUGCGAGGUAGGCCUCUGGGGAGCCACCGUUCGCACCGGUGUCUGGUUUCUGCAUCCUAUCUGGAACUGGCCUCCUUGAGAAAACACUUCUGAAAAAGCAUUUGGUGCCAUCGUCAUGUUUCCCAGACCCUGGGAACCUUCCAAACUUCGGAUGCUUUUCCAUUCUCUCUGUACAUCUGGAGAAUGACUUGCCACAGGCCACCCACCAAGCCACUGGGCUGAGCUGGGGAUCCAGCUGCCCUGCUGCUGAAUCCCUAUAGAAAGGGGCUCGGAAAUAUCUCCGUGGGGCUUGCUUGUUUGGGGCAGGAGUGGAGUGAAGGGAGGAGAACAACCAGCAUUUGAAAAGUUGGAGCCUGCCUGAUUGCUUUUGCAAAAGCGUUUGCUGUUACCCAGGAGCUCCAGAUGUUUUUGUUUAGACCGCAGCUCCCAUCAGCCUGGGGCCUGUUCUUCUGCAUCCUUUACCUGUGUCUCAAAUUCAGCUCAUGGGGCAGCUGUGUAGCUUGGUGGCAGAGCACAUGCUUUUCAUGCAGAAUGUCCCACUUCCAAUCCCCUGUCUCCCCAGGCAGGCCUGGGAGAGACUCCCUGUUGGAAAGCCUGGCGAGCUGCUGCCAGUCAGUGCAGGCAGUGCUAAGCUAGAUGGUCAGAGGUCCUGACUUCUCCCAGCAGUUCUGCGAGACAGAGAGGUUGCAGUGAGCGAUUUGCCUGCUCUUGCGCCCUUUAUGACCCCCUCCCCCCGACUUUGCUUCUUUCUCCGAAGUGUGUCGGGGGUGGAAUCCCUAUUUUGUAUGUCCAUUUCUAUUAAUCAGGUUAGCUUUUAGUUGAUUGAAUUUGACUGGAUCUGCAGGUAAGGGUUGUUGUUUUUUACAAAAAGGUUCAGAAGCAGAAAUCAUAAAAAAGGUGUUUACACCACAGGUAGCCAAUGUGGUGACUUACAGGUGUUGCAGGACUACAACUCCCAUAUCCCCUGACUAUUGGCCACACUGACUGGGGCGGAUGGGAGUUGUUAGUCCACCACCAUCGGAAAGGUAGCAGAUUCCCUCGCUGCGAGAAGCCGAGUUACAGGGAACCAGGCAGAAGGCCUUCUCGGUAGUGGCACCCGCCCUGUGGAACACCCUCCCACCAGAUGUCAAAGAGAAAAACAACUACCAGGCUUUUAGAAGACAUCUGAAGGCAGCCCUGUUUAGGGAAGCUUUUAAUGUUUAAUAGGUUAUUGUAUUUUAGUGUUUUGUUGGAAGCCGCCCAGUGUGGCUGGGGAAACCUGGCCAGAAGGGCAGGAUAUAAAUAAUAAAUUAUUAUUAUUAUUAUUAUUAUUAUUCUUUCCCGGCCAUGUUUAAUUAAAUUAAAAGCCAGAGCAGGCACUCGUGCAGAGACACAACAGCGAGCCUCCUUUUUCUGGAUGGUGCUCCCAGCUCCAAGGAGCCUUUAGACCAGAACCUGUGGACCCUCUGGGUGCUGCUGAACUAAAACUCGCACCAUUCCUGACCAUUGAGCAUGCUGACUGGGUAUGAUGGGAAUUGGAGUCCAACAUUAGGAGAUCCAAAGUUCCCUACUCCUAAUUUAGAUGGUGAAUAUACAUGUCUUAAAUAUAUUGUUGAGGAAACACAUUCCUUUAUAGAUGUGAAGGCAGGGAUGCCUCUUCUAGGAUGGUGCUUACGACCUGCAAUACCUUGAAUUACUUGCAUGGGGGGGGGGAAUCUGCCUGAUUUUAGGGGAGCUUCUUGAAAGUUUUUUUAUAUGCACCUAGUAGCUGAAGUGUUUUAAAACAUCACAGCCCUAUCCCCGCCCUCCCCACCAUAUUACAUAUUUAGAGAGAAUAUAUAUUGUCUUUCUCAUAAAAAUACAUUUGUUUUGUAAAAAAGAAAAACAAACCAUAGUGUGGAAAACCAUAGCUUCUGCCUUUGAGGUGUGUGUUCAAUGAAAGUAUUCUGCUAGGACCCAACGCUUUGCCAGUGGUGUCUUUCCCAACCUGGUGCCCUCCAGAUGUUUCAGAAGUGAGCGCCCAUUGGGGUGGGUGAUUUCUGGUUUGCUACAUCGCGAUAUAUCACCAGCUAAACAUGGUUCAGUGGAACAAUGUAGAGGCGAGUCCAUCAACUGUGUCUGAGGCUGAUGGAAGUUGUGGUCCAAAACAUCUGCACCACAUCUGGCUGGCCUGGCCCUGCACGUAGUAUAAGGAAGACUGAUCUGUCAGCUAGGAUGCUUCCUGUUCAGGUCCUGUUCAUGCUGCCUUGUCGACUGAAUUUGUGCCAGUUGCUCUCAGCAGUACAACAGCUUUAUAGGUAUUGAAGCCAUGGCAUGUGAAGGAGUCCAAACCACUUGAAAGAUAAGGGGACAGAGCAUCUGCUUUGCAUGCAGAAGGUCCCAGGUUCAAACUCCAGUGUUUCCAGGUAGGGCUGGGAAAGAGUCCUGGCUGAAACCCUGGUGAGCUGCUGCCAGCCAGUGUAGACAAUAUUGAACUAGAUGGACAACUUGCCUGACUUGGUAUAAGGCAGUUUCCUAUGUUCCUUGAAGCCAGAUGCCCAAAUCACUACCUCUUUCUCUCACCUUCCAAACAUUAAUCUGCGAACUUCCCUGAGACCCCCAGGUAUAGGGCGGUAUAUAAAAUCAAUUAUUAUUAUUUAAUUAAUAAAUACCGUAUUUUUCUGUGUAUAACACGCCCCCAUGUCUAAGAUGCCCCCCCCCCCUAUUUUGGGGGACUCCAAAUUGAGAAAAUGGAGGGAGAUUGUAUCCAUGUAGAAGACGGCCCACAAUUUUGAAAAGAAAUUUUAAAUAAAAAAACCUAGUCUUAUACACAGAAAAGUAUGGUAAUUUACGACCUUGUAGCCUUAAGAGAGAGGAGUCAAGCGCAUGAUACUUCUUGUGAAAAUCUGGCUUCUAAUUUUUUUUUUUUAAAAUUGCCGUUCUGCUGUUGGAUUGUCUCUAACUUUUAAGUCCUGCUCCAAGUAGACCCAUUGAAAUGAAUGGGCUAGAGGUGGUUCCUGGCCAUUCAUUUUGAGGGGUCUGCUAGUGAGUAGGACUAGCAGUGAGUACAGCCGGUUGUCUCACCCAUCUUGCAGUGCUGACCUGAUGAAGGUGCCAGAGGCCAUUCUUCUCGUGAGAAAUUUGCAGCUGAGGGUUGGGAGGGCGCCCUGUAAUUGUCCCCAACGAUUAGCUGCAGGGUUGAGCAACAGCAUGCUUCUUUUUAUCGGCAGGCCGAAGCAAUUAGCAUGUUGCAGAGAAACACUUCCCAGCCAGAGGUCAGGGCGUUCUGCAGGUGAGAUCGCUUCAGCUUUCAGAGUAAAACAGAAACAAACAAAAGUCCGACCUCGAAGGGAGAGCAGUAUUUAUUUAGUAUGUGUGCUGAGUCACAGAGGGGUCCCGGUGACAGGUCUAAGAAAUCUUCUAGAGAAAGUAUGCCAUGCAGCCAAUUUCGCAAUGCGCCCAAGUCACAGCAGCACAGGAAACUUGCCUUCUAUUGAGUCAAGCGAUUGGUCCAUCUAGUUCAGUGUCAACUACACUGACCAGGAAUGGUCCUUUCAGCUGGGGCAGAGAAAUCCUGGUUCUGAGAGCUGCCUGGGAAGCUGGCGUGUUGUACGUUUACUUACAAGCGCAGGGGCGUCUCUGGCCCUCCAAGCCUUUCUCUGUGGCCCCUGGAGUUCUCUCCAGGCCACGCCCCUCGUCACACUCUCCAUAGGAACCUAGGAAAAGCUUGACUUAGACCCUUGGUCCAUCCAGCUAGCUCUAUUGGGGGCAAGAGAAUCCAGCGAGAACUUUCUCUUCCUGUAACUUCAGGUCUGGCAGUAGACGCAUUUAACUAAAACCUGAAAAGGCCUUUGUCUUAGAGUUGGAGAACAGCAUGUCUUAUCCAAGGAACAAGACAAGUGUGCUAAUUUAUUACUAGGAAGCAAGAUGCGAUCUUCGGUUCGUUCUUUCUCUCUCUCUCCCUGUCCUGUCCCGAACCCAGAUGACCCCGGUUUCCUUGUGUGACUUGCAGGGCCUCUAAUUGCUUCUGUGCCUGGUUUCCCCUCUUCCUCUAUACUGUCUUGUGCAAUGCAUGGCUCUGGGCGGGGCAUGCACCCUCCUCCAGCGCACCAUGUGCAAUGCUCAGUGCAAGUGGCGCUCUUAAACCUGUCGGAUGACCUGCUCACAUCAGCAGAUGGGGUGGCAUAGGCGUCAGGCCAAAGGAGGUCCAUGUAGCCAGGGACCCUGUCCUCACAGUCGCCAGCCACAUGCCCCAGUGGGAAGGAGGACCUGAGCGCAUCAGAAUUCUCCCCACCUGUGAUUUUCAGCAAGCAGGGUUCAGAGGCACAGAGUGCAGGUUGAUCAAACAUAGCCAUUGUGGUCCGUAGAUUUCUCCACGGACCUCUGUAAUCUUCCUUUAAAGCCAUCACUACAUGUCAAGGGAGGAACGCGGGUGGCACUGUGGGUUAAACCAUAGAGCCUAGGACUUGCCGAUCAGAAGGUUGGCGGUUCGAAUCCCCGCAACGGGGUGAGCUCCCCUUGCUCGGUUCCAGCUCCUGCCAGCCUAGCAGCUCGAAAGCAUGUCAAAGUGCAAGUAGAUAAAUAGGUACCGCUCCAGCGGGAAGGUAAAUGGCGUUUCCGUGCACUGCUCUGGUUCGCCAGAAGUGGCUUAGUCAUGCUGGCCACAUGACCCGGAAGCUGUACGCCGGCUCCCUCGGCCAGUAAAGCGAGAUGAGCGCCACAGCCCCAGAGUCGGUCACGACUGGACCUAAUGGUCAGGGGUCCCUUUACCUUUACCUUACAUGUCAAGGGAGUGAAUUCCGUAACUAUGCGCUGUGCUAAAAAACAAAAGCCUGUCAUGGAUUUCCCACAGUUCAUCUUCAUUGAAUGAUCCUAAUCUUAUGACGGAGAAGCACGUCUCUCCGUUUUUCAUGUUGAUCUUUACUAAACCUUCAUUGUGUGGGUGUGUCUGUCCUGACCUGUUUAUUUAUAACCCAUCUAUUUCUCCAAGGAGCUAAAGGUGGAGUGCAUGGUUCUCCCUCUCCUCAUUUAAUCCCCACACAACAACCCUGUGAGGCAGGGAUUGGCCCAAGGUUGGCUCAGGGAGCUUCAUAGCCAGUCAGGGGAUUUGAAUCCUGAUCUCCCGGGUCCCAGUCCAAUAAUGCAACCACUGUACUUUAAUAAAACCUAUGGGGGAAAACCAAAACAAACUCCAGCUCCCAGAAUCCUUUUGGGGGAAGCCAUUGCCGCUGCUUAAAGUCACAUGACAUUGUUUUAAGCAUAGAGUGCAGAUAGGCAACUGGAAGGGGUUUAAAGUAAGAGCCGCGCUUCCAUGGAAAAGCAAAAGUGGGGGGAAUGUUUGGUGGGUGUUUGGAGGCUGCGGCUGACACGUUCCAAACGAAUUUCUGUCUUUUCUCUUCUUGAUUCUUAAAUGCCCACUUAUGGCAAGGAAUCGUGCAUGCCAGACUCAAUAGUGCAGCAGCCAUGAACAGUGACUCUGUUGUGCCAUCUGCAACUUUGGCUGUGCUCUUGUGUUGUUUUUUUGGCAGGGGGAGGUUUGUUCAGUCUUGCUUCAAUGCAUCCCUGCAGAAGAACGCAAGAAGAGCCUGCUGGAUCAGGCCAGUGGCCCAUGCAGUUCAGCAUCCUGUUCUUUCAAAGGCCGUGCAGGUUUCCCACUGAAACAUCUGGACCUGAUCAGAACACAUCACUCUCCCCUGGUUUCCAGCAUCUGGUAUUCGGAAGCUUGCCUGUCUCCAACUACGGAGGGUAGAGCUUAGCCAUCCUGGCUAGUAGCUGACUAUAGCUUUCUCCAUGAAUUUGUCUAAGCCACCCUGAUUAGUGGCCAUCCUUGUGGGAGGGAGUUCCACAGUUGAACAAUAAGUCAUUUUUUUCAUCUGUCCUGAAUCCUCCAUUAUUCAACCUCGCUGGAUGUCCAAAAUUUCUUGUGUUAUGAUAGAGAAAUAAAAACUUGCUCCCCAUCCACUUUCUCUGCGCUGCCACCUCUUCUAUCAUGUCAUCUCUUACUUGCCUUUGAAUCUACUUAGAGAUGCAACAGGCUUGGAAUAACUAUCAAACUAAGCUGGGGGUUCCCAAAACUGUGGUUCAGAGACCACCAAUGACCCACAAGCUUCAUUCAGGGGGUCUGUGGCACGCCUGCAUCAAAUAUUUGUAUUAGAUUUCUUAUACCUUGAAUUUCAUUGCAUCACAAUUUGAUUUGCGGGAUGCACAUUGUAAUGCGAUAAGACUGCAAUAUAUGGGAAAUAAAAGGAGCAAUAAAAAAUGCAGUUAGAAAUCAUACAGUUCCUAGCACCGAGUGUUACAACUGUUGCAUCAAGCGGCAAAAUUGUUAAGUCGUCCACUAAGACCACCUGCAAUUUUCAAGUGCUUUGUGGGCGCAGAAAAGUUUGAGAACUGCUAGGCUAGGUCAUUUUUUUAAAAAAUUGUUAGCUGAGUGUCCUCUCCCCUUGGUUUUGCUUUUCUACAAAGGUUUUUGGUGGGAGGCAUUCGCACAAUAGAAAAUAGUCCACUGUAGACAAAACAAUGAAAUGGUAUGUCCUUUAUAAUAAUAAGCAGCAAGAUAUUUUUAAAAGGAACAUCAACAGGUGGUUGUGAUGGAGUUCUAUCGCAAACAUCUGCAGAUGCGUCAGGGAUAUUAAUUAGAAGCUAAUGUGAAUUCCGGAGGGGCCAUAGCUCAGUUGAUAAAGCAUCUGCUUUGCAGACAGAAGGUCCCAAGUUCAAUCCCUGGCAUCUCCAGGUAGAACUCGGAACAUCUCCUGCGUGAAACCCUGGAGAGCUGCUGCCAGCCAGUGUAGGCAAUACUGAGGUAGGUGGACCGACAAUCUGACUCGGCAUAAGGCACCUUCCUAUGUUCUUAAUAAAUAUGGUGUUGAAAGACUAAAAGAGAGCAGCAAGCCAGGUGAAUCAGCAGCCCCAAGCAGUGUGGGACAGUCCUGGCACCACCACCAAGAAGCCAUUGCCUAUUGUGCCUCAGCUCUAUGAAUGCCAGUUUUUGUGUGGUGCAUGGACUGCUCUGCAGAUCCUUCUGCUAGACUUUGCAACAAAUUACAUCAAGCAGCUUUUCUUCUGGUUAAUGCCUCCUGCUAAACCAUGGUUUGUUUAAGCUGUGGUUUAUUUUAACAGACCAUGUUUCUCCAGGGUUUGGGUCGUUUUCCAGCUCCUCAUGCCUUUGUAGCUUGGCGUGAGUCUGUGGCAGGAUGGGGGGGACAUUGUUAAGAGAUGGUACUGGGUUCACGUGUAACAACUCAGCCACAAUUAGGCAAAUCAAGACUCAUCAACUGACAACAAGCCAUGGUUCUUUAUGCGCCCCCUCGCCCAGCUUGUCCGGAGUUUUGGGCUGGGUUGCCAUCAGUAUGCCGAUGACACCCAACUCUAUCUGUUGAUGGAUGGCCAUCCUGACUCGGCCCCAGACACACUGACCAGAUGUCUGGAAGCUGUGGCUGGAUGGAUACGUGGGAGCCAGCCGGUUGAAGUUAAAUCCUUUGAAGACAGAGGUCCUCUGGCUUGGACGGGGCGAUAUGGGAUUGAGGGGGCAACUCCUAUCUCUUGCGGGGGUGCAAUUAGUGUCAGCAUCGUCCAUUAAGAGUUUGGGUGUAAUCUUCGAUACCUCCCCCUCUAUGGAGGCGCAGAUUACAGCUAUAACAAAGGCGGCAUUUUUUCAUCUCCGCCAAGCUAAGCAGCUGGCUCCUUAUCUCUCUCGCCCUGACCUAGCCACUGUGAUCCACGCGACGGUCACCUCCAGAUUGGAUUAUUGUAACUCGCUCUACCUGGGGCUGCCCUUGAGACUGACCCAGAAACUCCAGCGGGUGCAGAAUGCCGCGGCGAGACUCCUUAUGGGGUCUUCGCUGCGAGAUCAUAUUCAUCCGGUACUAUACCAGCUGCACUGACUCCCGGUGGAGUACAGGAUCAGGUUUAAGGUGCUGGUUUUAAAGCCCUAUAUGGCCUAGGACCCUCGUACCUACGGGACCGCCUCUCUUGGUAUGUCCCACAGAGAAAUUUACGGUCUGCAAAUAAAAACAUCCUGAAGAUCCCAGGCCACAGAGAGGUUAGGCUGGCCUCAACUAGAGCCAGGGCUUUCUCGGCCGCGGCUCCAAUCUGGUGGAACAGCUCUGUCACAAGAGACUAGGGCCCUGCGGGACCUGACAUCUUUCCGCAGGGCCUGCAAGACAGAGCUGUUCCACCAGGCCUUUGGUCAGGGCGCAGCCUGACCCCCUCCUCUGGCAAUCUGCACAGAAUUUUGCUUAGUGGUUGCCAUCAAUUUGAUUUUAAUUAAUUUUAUAAUGAAUGUUUUUAGAAUGCUGGAUUAUUUUGAUUGUUGUUAGCCGCCCUGAGCCCAGCUUCGGCUGGGGAGGGCGGGAUAUAAAUAAAAUUUAUUAUCAUGGGUAGGCAAACUAAGGCCCGGGGGCUGGAUGAGGCCCAAUCGUCCUCGGCUGGUGGAUGGUCCAGGAAUCAGCAUGUUUUUACAUGAGUAGAAUGUGUCCUUUUAUUUAAAAUGCAUCUCUGGGUUAUUUGUGGGGCAUAGGAAUUCGUUCAUCCCCCCCCAAAAUAUAGUCUGGCCCCCCACAAGGUCUGAGGGACAGUGGACCAGCCCCCUGCUGAAAAAGUUUGCUGACUCCUGGGCCUAAGCUAUUGGGCAGGGUUCAUGUAUGGCACUAAGCUGUAGUCUAACAAACCAUUGUUUAGUGUGGCAUGCAAACCAGGCAACUUGAUUGGUUGGCAGGCUCACCAUACUUCCAUUUUAAGUCUCCCCCUUAAGAAUAAAUGAUCCCACUGUUUGUGGAACAGAGGCUUGUUUAUAGUUUAAAGUAUCCCUGAAGCAGAGCAUUAACUUGCAUGAGUCUGACCCUUGGGCCAUCUAACCCAGUGCUGUCUGCUCUGACAGGCAGCAACUCUCCAAAGUCUCAGGUAAACGGUCUUUCCUGGCACCUGUUAUAUGAUCAUCUUAACUAGAGACAAGAGGACUGAACCUUCAACCUUUGCUAUGCAAAGCAAGUGCUUUUCUGCUGCUGGGGCAAGGAGCCCAUUUACUGCUUAGCAAAGUGAAUUUCCAAGGUGAUGGAUGUGAGGUGCUAAGAGCUCUUGAAAGCUGAGCGCUUUCCUGCGGUUGCACAUGGAGCACUCGGUCAGCUUCCUGAGAACAUUACCUUUUGAGCUCCUUUCUUUUUUCUUUUUCUUUUCAAAGUAUGCAAGAUUCCAGCCUUUAUUGAUUAAAACAAAGACCUAUGGAAGCAUGUGACAGUGUGCAGGCAUGCUAAACUGAAUUCCUGCUGGAUACGAUUUUGAUGCCUUGCCCUGAGGUUAUUGGCAUCUGUCUGUCUCGACGACGGAGGAGUGCUCCUUUUGGGGGUGAAUCUGUUGGAAGGUUGCAACCUGCUGCGGAUGUAGAGGUUGAGACAGGAGAGACAUGUUUUGUUGCAGCUGGGACAGAUGAAGGUGUCUGGCUGUGCUGCUAUAGAUGCACCAUGGCAUUUCUUGUCUCUGCACUCCUCCCAGCGGUCAUUCCUCCUUCGGUCAGUAAUAAUAAGAAUGAUGUUACUUUCUGCAAAAUAAGCUGGAUUUUGCCACCUUGCCGGCACAGCUUUGUCUCACCGUUGUGCAAGAAUCUUUUUCUUGCAGUUGUGAUUGUUCUGGGCUGCCAAUGCAUGCAUGCAUCCGCCUUAAUUUUCCCCCCUUUCCAGUCCACCAUGUUCACUAAAAAAAAUAAACCUGAUCGCUGCAGCCAUCAGAAUUUCCAUUCUUUGGUUCUACAGGCACAGGUGUUGAGCAGAGCACUUUAUUCCUUUGGCUGGGGGCAUCACACUGCUGUGUAAACAGUGUCCGCUUACAGGCCAUCCCUCUAGAAUGCAAAAGGUCACUCACAGCGACGGCUUGAAAACAAGAUCAGGCAGGUUUGUGCUGUGUGGGGCUGUGGUUGUGACAAGCCCCUUAGUUUCAGGACAGGGGCUCCCACUCAGGAUGCCCUAGCCUUGGUCUUGCCCCCUGGCAAAGACCAUGUAGUUUGUCUUCUACACUGAUUUCUAUCUCAGCGGUAGUUUUACAACAGCCCUGUGAGGUAAGGCAUUAUUCUAUCCUUAGGCCCAUGAUGCAGUGCGAUUUCUGAAGCUGUGUAGGUGUGGCUCCAUAAUAGUGUCUGACAAUCUGAACUCUUUCAGUGGUUUAUCACCAUAGAUUGUGGCAUCAGUGCAGUUGGUUUCAUUUGGUAUCAUAUACCCCCUCAGUUAGCUUUCUUGACCCUGGUAUCAGGCCUUAUCCUAAAAUGCAUUCUGGAAGCCUUUCUGAUCUCUUAAGACUUUAUGUAAAGAUGAGCACAGUGAUCUUGUGUUACUAGCAAAAUUUAAUUUGUGUUUCCUAUAAGAAGAAUGGGCUCCACAUAGACUGCAGUAAGAUAAACUUUGAACUUGGCAAACAAAGAUAAUCAGUUAGUCAUUUCUCACUAGGGUUAUAUUAUUUCAACUAUCAGCUAAGUAAGGUAAACAGAAUAGCUAGCAGACAGGUAGUUGUAGGAAAUGGACGAUAGAACAAAGGAAUAUAUGUGUCAGAACAAAUUACUUAUCCAAAAUAUCUUAUAUUGCAGGCUUCCUCAACCUUGGCCCUCCAGAUGUUUUGAGACUGCAAUUCCCAUCAUCCCUGACCACUGGUCCUGCUAGCUAGGGAUGGUGGAGUUUGUAGGCAAAAAACAUCGGGAGGGCCGAGGUUGAGGAAGCCUGUUAUAUUGCAACGUUGCUGUCCAAUAAACCAACUUUAUGGGGUUAUAAGAUUAAGGGUAAACAAAUAUCUAUAAAAGAUGCAUGUCAUAACUCUAGCAAAAUGUCCCAAACCUGUUAGUAAUGUGUAGGAAUACACACGAGUGCUGGACACACAUUUAGGUUCAAACACACACCUUGUAACAGCUCUUCCAUACUUCCUCACUGGAAGCUUCCCAGGAACUGCAGAGUAUCCUCUGGAAGUAGAAAAUAGGGUUUCUUUUAAAUCAAGGGUGCGUUGUUUUUACAGCAGAAGUUCCUGAUUUUUAAGAGUAUCUGGAUAUUUUGCGUGUGUGCAAAAUGGGGCAUUAGAAUCUGCUUACACAGUCCUCUUUGCCCAGGAUUGGUCCAUCUUUUCCUAGGAUUGGUCCAUCUUUUCCUAUCCUCUUGAGUAAAAGAGGAAUAUCUUGGCAAAAAAGAUAUUCACAAAGAUGUAUACCAAAAAAAAUAUCACAAAGAGGUGAGCAAGCUUUCAGGUUCGCUAGGGCUCUUUCGCAAGCUGAAUGUUAAGUAAAAAGCAGGGGGGAUAAUCUGAGAGAAGAUGAAUAUACCCAAGUGCAUGUUGGAUUAAUCUUAAAAUAAAAAGGGAGGGGGUCUCUCUCCCCCUUCCCACCCCACAUUUUGCUUAACUUCCAGCUUGACAAAGACUCCAGAUGAGCUCUGAAGCUUUCUUCUUUUAGGAUUCUUUUUAGCUCCUCCUUGCUUGAUGGGUCUGGAUUUUUCUCUUUCUCUCUGUAAUGAGCCAAUACAGAUAAUUUUGUUAUCUCUCCCUACCUGGCAUCGUAAUUUUCUGUAAUUGAGUUGCAUAACAUUGAAGGCUGAUGAAGCAACCUUUUUGGAGUGUGAGUCUUCUGCCCGGACUUCUUGCCUUGAGUCCUCUGGGGGCAUCCUCUUCGCCUGCUGUUUUGGUAGCUUUCUGACAUUCUAUAGUCCGUAGAUUGUGUGGGAAGAAGGGCUGGUGAUGGUGCAUUGGGGUCUUCCCUCCUUGUAGAGUGUUCAUGGCCUCCUGGCCUUAAUUUUAAAUUGGCAAACCGUUUGCCACGCCCCCAACUAGGUUAGAGGCUUUCAUGCAUUAUUUGUAGGAGAUUGAUUGCGCCCUGUUUGCAUCACAUGUGCACAAAUUGGGGUUCCAAAUUCCUUUGAUUCCCUGGUUUUUUUAAUUACUGUUUGAAAGGAAUGGUUUGUUCACGUGGAAUGUGAGUGAUGGUUUGUUAACAUGGAAUGUGAGUGAUGGUUUGUUCACAUGGAAUGUGAGCGAUGGUUUGUUCAUGUGGAAUGUGAGAAAGUUUUUCAUGUGGACAUUGCACCAAGCCACGCUAAAGCUUUGGAAAACAGGAAGCAACCUUUUACUGAGCCCAGACCAUUGGCCCGUCUAGAUCAGAAGUGUCUGUUUUGAAUGGCAGCAACUUUUCAACGUUUCAGAUAAAUGUUUUCCCCAGCUUUACAUGGAGAAGUCUGGGACUUUCCGCAUGCAAAGCAGAUGCUUGACCGCUUAGCUGCAGCUGUUCCUUAGCCAUGGUUUGGUGUGAUGUCAGGACUAAGCUUAACUAAGCCCUCCUAAGUGGUUGACUACAGUAGCCUGCAAUUGAUGGUUCUUUGGUGUCGCUUAAGAGGUCAUGGCCACUGGCCAUUGGUCCCAUCACUUCCUGGCAAAUAGAAGGGGAAGGGGAAGAAAUGGAGGCAGUGAGAGAUUUUACUUCCUUGGGCUCCUUGAUCACUGCAGAUGGUGACAGCAGUCACGAAAUUAAAAGACGCCUGCUUCUUGGGAGAAAAGCAAUGACAAACCUAGACAGCAUCUUAAAAAGCAGAGACAUCACCUUGCCAACAAAGGUCCGUAUAGUUAAAACUAUGGUUUUCCCAGUAGUGAUGUAUGGAAGUGAGAGCUGGACCAUAAAGAAGGCUGAUUGCCGAAGAAUUGAUGCUUUUGAAUUGUGGUGCUUGAGAGUCCCAUGGACUGCAAGAAGAUCAAACCAUCCAUUCUGAAGGAAAUCAGCCCUGAGUGCUCACUGGAAGGACAGAUCGUGAAGCUGAGGCUCCAAUACUUUGGCCACCUCAUGAGAAGAGAAGCCUCCCUGGAAAAGACCCUGAUGCUGGGAAAGAUGGAGGGCACAAGGAGAAGGGGACGACAGAGGACGAGAUGGUUUGAUAGUGUUCUUAAAGCUACCAACAUGAGUCUGACCAAACUUGCAGGAGGCAGUGGAAGACAGGAGUGCCUGGCGUGCUCUGGUCCAUGGGGUCACGAAGAGUCAGACACGACUAAACGACUAAACAACAACAACAAGAGUAGAUGGAGUUAAUAAUAUAUAUGAUGUAUUUAUCCCAUACUGUUUUUUGUUUGUUUUUAGAAAAGCACAAUUCUACAGUCUUUGUCAAGCACGUUAAUAAUUCACUCUUGCAGAGCAUCUUUUCUACAUCUUCCUCCUCCUCCUUGUCUGGGGAGGUCAGCGGGUUAAAGCCCCCCCCCCUUAACCCCAGAAGUUCUUAAUCAGCAGCUUACGAUGGGUGCCAUGUCGCCCCACGCCAACCCCUCACUUUCAUUUUGCAAUCGUAAGGGGCUAGGAACUUGGUGGCUUUUCCUCUUUUUUUAAUUAGGCGAAAGCUGAGAUUUCUGGAAUGUGAAUUCCAGGUGCAUGCGAACCUGUGGAGGCUCCUUCAGAAACACCAGGCUGCAGCGGGACCUUCUGUGAAUUGUGCCACAAAAAAACCCCACCCAGAUUAAUUUUUUUUCACGGUGGCUAGCAGCUCACGGGUGGCUUGCGCAAAUGCCUGAGGAGACCGUCUGUAGCAGAACGUACUUGUCAUGUGGGGAUGUGCAUUCCAUGGCGCUGCAAGUUCCCCAGGGAUGUGAAUUCCAGACUCUUUAACAAUAGGAAGUGUUGCUGAUGGGUGUCUAAAACCUGGGCAUGUCUGUCCAAAUCUGUGGGUGCUCACAUUGCUGGACGCUGCCUCACCAGCCGGGUUGUCGGAAGUGGGGAGGAAUUCCACCCCCCCUCCCUCUGCACAUUCCCAGCUCAUGAUAAGGAAGAAUCCCCUUUGGCCUGUUGUUCUUGGAUGAUUUCUAAGUCCUCUUCUCACUCUUAUCCUGGUUGUGACUAAUCUGCGUGUCAGUUUCCUGAACAACUUCAAGGAGGGAUUUCCCCCCCCCCUUAAUGACCUGCCAUUGCUUAGAUUGGCCAAAAAAAAAAGCCGCCUCCCUGUACAUUUAAAAACAGGAUCAUGCUGCUUUAAGCAUCCAUGGCUUCCUUCAUUAUCAUGGGUCCCAUCACAGCACUACAUACAGUGGUACCUCAGGUUACAUACGCUUCAGGUUACAGACUCCGCUAACCCAGAAAUAGUGCUUCAGGUUAAGAAAUUUGCUUCAGGAUGAGACCAGAAAUCAUGCUCUGGCGGCGCGGCAGCAGCAGGAGGCCCCAUUAGCUAAACUGGUGCUUCAGGUUAAGAACCGUUUCAGGUUAAGAACGGACCUCCGGAACAAAUUAAGUACUUAACCCGAGGUACCACUGUAGUUCCUUGCACAGGAGGGUUGACUGUUAAAGCACUGUGAGAAUUGCGGCUUCGUUUUGUCUAUUUUCUGUACUUUUAUCCCACCUUUUUCUCAAUGGUGGCGUACAUUAUUCUCCCCGCACAUCCAGUGGUACCUCGAGUUAAGUACUUAAUUCGUUCCGGAGGUCCGUACUUAACUUGAAACUGUUCUUAACCUGAAGGACCACUUUAGCUAAUGGGGCCUCCCGCUUCUGCCGCGCCUCCGGAGCACAAUUUCUGUUCUCAUCCUGAAGCAAAGUUCUUAACCUGAAGCACUAUUUCUGUGUUAGCGGAGUCUGUAACCUGAAGCAUAUGUAACCUGAAGCGUAUGUAACCCGAGGUAACACUGUAACUUGUUCAGUCCCCACAACAACGCUGCAAGGCAGGUUAGACUGAAAGGACAUCUCUUCAUGGGCAGCCUCCCAGGGUCUGCAUGUCGGAGGAGGGUGGAGCAAGAGGCAAAAGUGGGCAGAGCAACAGAUAAUAACACCUUAACGCUUUUUGUGGUAGGUUACCUUCCAACCAUGGGACGCGGGUGGCGCUGUGGGUUAAACCACAGAGCCUAGGACUUGCCGAUCAGAAGGUCGGCGGUUCGAAUCCCCGCGACGGGGUGAGCUCCCAUUGCUCGGUCCCUGCUCCUGCCAACCUAGCAGUUCGAAAGCACGACAAAGUACAAGUAGAUAAAUAGGUACCGCUCCGGCGGGAAGGUAAACGGCGUUUCUGUGCGCUGCUCUGGUUCGCCAGAAGCAGCUUAGUCAUGCUGGCCACAUGACCCGGAAGCUGUACGCCGGCUCCCUCGGCCAGUAAAGCGAGAUGAGUGCCGCAACCCGAGAGUCGGUCAUGACUGGACCUACUGGUCAGGGGUCCCUUUACGUUUACCUUCCAACCAGGCAAAUACCAGAGGUUUGUAUGUGUGCCCACAAGCCAGAUCCAGAGGGAUGGAUGCAAGCCCCUAUGCUGUGUACACUUCAUGCACUUAAAUCACAUGGCUUCCUCCCGAAGAGUCCUGGGAGCUGUAGUUUUAUCCCUAGCAGAGCGGCACUUCCCAGCAUUCUUAAACUACACUUCCCAAAAUUCCUUGGGGCAAGUCAUAUGCUUUAGAUGUAGGGCGUGUGCACAGGCAUCCUUUAAACAGUGCUAGCAUUUUAAAUCCUGUGAUGACAAAAGCUCUUUACAAAUGGGUGUUUGUUUAUUCUCUAGCUUCCUGCCUUUCUAAACUGAUGCCCUGCAGGUGACAGAAGCAUCCCCUCCCCCCUGCUUCACCUUCGUCCUCCUCAUCCAGGUGUUGCACAGCAUUUUUUUAAAAAAUGUGACCGGACUGGUCAGGGCAGGGCUGCAACCUUACCUAACAAUGCCACUUCCUUAUUGUAUAAAAACAACAACAAAAGACUUCGUGGGUUUGGAUGGCACUUUUAAGAUGGCUUUAUUUAUUUUUUUCAGCAGCUGUGGGGAGUUUCCCAGCCUUUCCCCAGAACCCUGAAAUCUAGACACUUUAUGUAUUUAUUUGCAUUUAUAUAAUCCCGCCUUUUCCUCCAAGGAACCUAAAGUGGAGUACCUGGUUCUCCCCACUUCUCAUUUCAUUCCCACAACAACCUUGCGAGGUAGGUUGGGGUGAGAGACAGUGAGUGGCCCAAAGUCACUCACUGAGCUUCAUAGCCGAGUGGGAAUUCGAACCCCGGUCUCCCAGGUGUUUUGUCCAGCACUCUAACUGCUGCCUCACACUGUCUCCUCCUUUUUUAAACUUUUAACAAUGGUCACGUUUUUGCUUUAAGCUAGAAAACUUUGCAGUUUGGGGGUCAUGUUGUUCAUGUGUGUGCCUUCCACCCAGCUUCUGAUAUUCCAUGCCAACGCUUUGGGUGUUGCUAAGGCACAAAUUCUGGCCCCAAACCUUUCCGGAACUUGUAUUAGUUUCUCCUUGCCAUCUCCCCCCCCACCAUGGGUGUGUUUUACUUUAAUUAAUAAUAAUAAUAAUAAUAUGGAAAAGUGUUUGGCAAGAUAAAAUCACAGAUGGGACUUGGUCACUGCCUUGUUAAAGGAAGAAAGUCUAGGGACCAUCUGAACUUCUUUUACUUAGCUUAAGGUAAAGGUAAAGGGAUCCCUGACCAUUAGGUCCAGUCAUGACCGACUCUGGGGUUGUGGCACUCAUCUAGCUUUAUUGGCUGAGGGAGCUGGCGUACAGCUCAUGUGGCCAGCAUAACUAAGCCGCUUCUGGCGAACCAGAGCAGUGCACAGAAACACCGUUUACCUUCCUGCCAGAGCGGUACCUAUUUAUCUACUUGCACUUUGACGUGCUUUUGAACUGCUAGGUUGGCAGGAGCAGGGACCAAGCAACGGGAGCUCACCCCGUCAUGGGGAUUUGAACCGCCGACCUUCUGAUCGGCAAGUCCUAGGCUCUGUGGUUUAACCCACAGCGCCACCCACAUCCCCUUACUUGGCUUAGAACUCCCCUAAAUCAACUCUGUCCUUUUCUGUCUGAAACACACCCUCUAGCUCAGUAUUGUCUACACCAACUGGCAGCAGCUCUUGAGGUUUCAGGCAGGGAAGAUGCUGGGAUUUGAACUCAGGACCUUUUGCAUGUUAAGCAAGUGAAUGCAUCCAAUGAAGCUCAUGAAAACUCACGCAAUAAAUAACAUUGGGAGCAGUCUUAUACUGAAUCAGGCCCUUGGUCCAUCUAGCUCAGUGUUAGCAACUGACCGGCUGGCAGCAGCUGUCCAGGGUUUCACGCUGGGGUCUCUUCCAGCCCCUCCUGGAGAUUCUGUCAGGGAUGCAACCUGGGACGUCCUGCAUGCAAGGCUGAUUUAGUUCCCCAGAGCCACCCCACUUCCCUUCCCCCUGAAUGUAUUAUUUGGUUUUAAGGUGUCACAAGACUUUAACAAGAAGCCAAAAAGCCUGGUUUAUCGUUCCUGCGCAUGUAGUGUUCUAGCAGCCUCCAAUGCUGCAGCACCAAAACAUUUUCCGGGCAAACUCCAACCACAGUGCCAAAGUUCUGUGGCCAAGUUGGUUCUGCAAACCGGUUGUUUGUUUGGCUGCGUCUCCAGUCUGGUGUGAGAAGGCAGAUACGAAUGACAUUCCCCAAAUGCACUUGGCCAGCUCUGCAUCUCAGAGCAUACAGUUAAGUUCCCUCUGCACUUAAACCCGUGGCUGUGAAUGUGACGCCCACAAGCCUGUUUGGCAACGCCGGUGAUCGUUGCUUGCCUGCUGCUGCCUCUCUUAUGCAAGCAAGCAGAGUGAUGCCAAUGGGGAAACCGAGGCCUGCAGUGGCCACUUUCGGUGGACAGUCUUAUCAGCUUCCUGGAAAGGGCAGGGUGAGAACAAUACUGACCGUGGGUGGCUUUGGGGGUUUCUCCCCACGAGAUCCGAUAGCUGAGGGCUUGCCUCCCAUGCAAAAGGGUCCAGGAUGGAUCUCACCCGUCUCAGGAAGAGUCGGGUCAUUGGCCUGUCUGGCUCAGCGCUGUCCACACUGGCUGGCAGCAGCUCUUUGGAGUUUUGUACGGGAGGGGGGCAUUCCCAGCCAUGCCUGGAGGUGAGGGGGUGGGGGUGGAACCUGGGACUUUCUGCAUGCAAGGCAGGUGUCCUACCACCAAGCUACAACCCUAACCCACCGGUAGUGGGAUUUGGCCUUUCAUAUUUCAGCAGUGCCCUGUGCGAGGCCAAAAUGCAGUGCCCCCUGCUUCUCGCUUUCCAUUCUGCACAUGCGCUACGCCGUAGUGGCGAUGCCCUGCAGCGCCCCCCAUGGCUUGGCACCAGUGCGGGGGAACCAAUUGCACUGCUCUAAAUCCACUUUUGCCCCAGCCCACAGUUGGGGGCACUAAAAUAGCUGGAGACUCACGUUUGGGAAACACGGCUUUAACCGGAGUUCCUUUGUUUCCCAAGCUCGAGUCUCCAGCUGUUUUUGGACUACAAUUCCCAUCAUCCCUUUCCUGUUAGCUAGGGAUGGUGGGAGUUGUAGUCCCAAAACAGCUGUAGACCCAAGUUUGGGAAACACUGUGUUAAAGGAGCAGUAAUGGGGACUGGGAACACAGCUUGAAAUUCUCCACUAACGCGCGCACACACACACACACACACAGCCUAUAUAUGUAUUAAUCUUGCAAAUUCCAGUUGCAUAACACAGUUUUGUCUCGAGGCUGGAGGGAGGGGUGAAUUUGCACAAUUCUGGUAUAUGCUAGUAGUCACAGGCUGUUGAAGGAUAAGGUCACCAAUUGGAAUCAGUUUCACUUGGGUCUUCCCAUUUGAGGCAUCCGGUUGGCCACUGUGAGAACAGGAUGCUGUACAACAUAGGCCAUUAGCCUGAUCCAACCUCUUUUUACACUUUGAUGGCUAGGUGAGCCUUUGGCCUGAUCUCUUAAGGCCCUUCUUGUGUUCUCAGAAUGAGCUACACAGGGCACAGGAACCUUUGGUAUGGUCCUAAGGGAUCAGCACACCUGGAUUGUGUCUUGCCUAAAGAUGCUCAAGAAACCCUUUCUUUCUGUCCAGUUCUUAAUCUGUAAAGAAGCAAAUAGACCAAACAGGUGUGCAGUUCUCUUCCUCCCACUGCUUUCUGACUCUUUGUUUGGCUGUUGAUGCUGCCUCCCAGGAGAACAUGCCCUCCACCCACAAACUCCCUAAUAUACAUGUGCAUCUGAUUACCCAGAUAUGCAUAAUUUUAAGGGAUUGCCUGUGAUGGAUGUGUGUAAUUAAGGAGUCCUAAAUUAGCCACUGGCAGUAGCAAAUUGGCUACAAACCCAGCAGAGUUCAGCCCCACCCAUGCUCACCCACUUUACAUAAUGUGUUGGCAUAACCCUGGCAUGUGCCACAGUAGCCACAGCUACUGGGUAAAGUGAGCUUAGUCAGAGAGCAGAAGCCUUGGCAAAUAAUACAAGGGGAGGCCGCCCAUUGUACCGCUGUGUGAGUCCCUGUUCUCUGGGCCAAAUUUGCUGCAAAUUGGAAUAAAUGCCCACAUCCUGGCUUGGUGCUUCGCACUUCCUUCGUCUUGCACACACGCUCCCUGCAGACUUCUGUUCAGCAGUUCUGGUCUGUAGGGUUGAAUCCAGUGUUUGCCCUACUCAGAGUAGUCCAUUAAUUUCAGUGUGCCUACUCUGAAUGCAACCCAUGGACUGCAAAUAGUAAAUUCAUGAAGGAGGAGGCUGCCCAUUGCAUCUCUGUACAGGUCCCUGUUUUCUGAACUUGUUCUGUUGCAAAUUGCUGCAGAGUAUAUGCACUGGAGAUAAGUAGCUAUUCCAGCAGCAUGACUUAGCUGGAGGCAACCCACAGACUGCAUAGAGUAAAUCAAUCAAGGGGGAGGCUGCCCAUUGCAGCUCUUUGUGAGUCCCUGUUCUGCAGCAAACGGGAAGAAAGGACCCGAUAGUGCCUUAAAACCUGGCUGUGAGUGCUUUGCACUUUCUUUGCAGCGCACACAAUUUCCUGGGUAUCGUGUGAGCUGGCCUUUCCACUUCCAAUUCAGAGAGAGCGGCGCUUCGCCACUGCCAGAAGCUUAGGGGAAAACGCUGGUCAAAGAACACAAGUUAUGUAACAUCCCCAGGGCGAUGUUUCCCGACCUCCUUUUUUAAAAAAAGUUCUUAGCAGAGGAAGACGGCCAGAAUCUUGCCUUCCCUGUUUACUGGCUAGGUCAGUGGACUGCUACCUCUGCCAUCAGCCUUGCUGAGCAUGGGUGUGGGUGGGAAGAACAGCUCUGUUUUCUCUCCGGACGGACCCGUGUCAAAAGAGCCAUCUUUCACCUUGGCCUGUGUCUGCAGGGCUUGGAAGAUGCGUUGCCUGCUUCUGUUUCCUGUGUUGCUAGAGCGUAGAAGGGUUUUUCCACACAGCUUUUAUAGUGUUUUCAAGAAGGUCGGCUCGCUGUUUCCCUUUCGCUCUCUCUGCCCGGCUCCAGAGGGCCAGAAGUCGCCAGCUUCUUACUUAAUCGGACAUUUGCUGCCUUAAACAGGAAGAUGGUGGUUCUUGUGGAUUUGUUGCUGCUUUGCUAAAGGGGCCGAAAGCUCUAGAUUUUGGGAUGUUUUGCAGUUAAUCUGUGAAGCAUAGCCGUAAAGGCACAAUUUCUGAUUACUGUGUGUCAGGGCUGCCUUGACACUGUGGCAUUAUGUUCUGACUUCCGUGGUGAGUGGUUCCCCAACCCAAGUCUGCUUUGGAGAAUGUGCAUGUGAGAGAGAGAGAGGGAGGGUGGGGGGAUGAUUUUUUCCCAACCAACUUUGGGGAUGGGGGUGUCACUUUGUGUGAUGUAAAACAUUCCCAAAGUUGUGCUUAUGUGCAUUCCCUCCCCCCACUAGUGGCCUGCAAAGAAACAAUUGUGAUUUUGCAAAGCUGAUUUUGAUGCAAGGUACGAGGUGUUUCCUCACCAGGGACUAGAAUGCUGGAUGGUUUGAAAUCAAAUUUAAACCACUGUCAAGGCUUGUCCUCGCCACGGACUAGAAUGCUGGAUGAUUUGGGAUUUUGCAAGCAGCUGUUCCUGAAGGGGUGUCCUUUCAAUUGCAGUUGGCGACCCAUUCCCCCUAAUGGAGCCACCGCUUUGCUUGAGUCUUACUUCCUGGCUUCUCCUAGAAUCCUCAUAGCAAAUUCCACGUUCAGGAUUGAAAAUAACACAAGACUGUUAUGCGAACCUGUUGUGAGGCCUCACCCGGGAUGGCUGUGUCCCCUUCUGGUCGAUGCACCUUCUUUUAACAACAACAACAAUCUUUAUUACGGUCCAGAGACCCAACAAAACAUUACAAAUCAAUACACAGUUCAUACAGCCUACCUUUUAAAAAAAAAGGUAUUGUACACCUGCCAGUCAGUGCAGACAGUACUGAGCUAGGUGGUCUGACUUGGUAUUAAGGCAGCUUCUACGCUUCUAUAUCAUAAGAGAAGGGCUGUAGCUUAAUGGUAGAGCAUCUGCUUUGCAUGCAGAAGGUCCCAGGGUCAAUCCCCACCAGCAUCACUUGGUGGGCAGUUUGUGAAAUUCCCCAGGUGCCAUGGGUCCCUGAGGAUCAUCUAGUCCAACCCUCUGCAAUGCAGGGAUAUGCCGCUGUCCCAUACGGGGAUGAAACUUGCAACUUUGGUGUUAUCAGCACCCUGCUGUAACCAACUGAGCUAUGAGGUUUGGAAAUCUUUGAAGUGAUCCAUGAGGACUACUGCCCCUUGCCAAACAAAUCUCGCAAUCACUCCUCUCCCUGCCCACCCACCCUGCAAAAAAAAUAUUGGCUGUUAAAGUUUGUAUUUGGAAGGGGCUCUCAUAACAAGGGACUUUCCUUUUUGAAGUUUCCUGGCUUAGCCUGGGCAGGGUUUUUGUCUGCUGUUUGGACAAGCGUUGCUUAAUCCGCUUCAUAAGAUUCCCGGAACUGUCCCAAAAAGUUCUCAUUUCAACAAAGGAAAUCUGGGGGAAAGGCUAAAAGUCAAAGUAAGGCCCCACUUUUCCUGGGGCACUCCUCGAAGCCUCUGCGGGCGAUGGGCUGGCGACCCCGAAUGGGGACCCAAUAAAAAUAACCUGAAUUGAAACUGCUGCCUGGCUCAUCUACCCUGGAUCCUCCUUUCAUUCUUGUGGGGUGUUCCAGGCCCCCAAGAGUAUAACAGGAUAUACUGCAGCACCACUACCUUUAGUAGUCGCAGAAGGGCUUUGACCGAAAUUGUGGGUGCCCCAUGCGACAAAAAGUAAAACCGUGCCCCUGUAAGAGGCAAGAACAGUGACUCAUACUGAGGGGCAACAGGCAGCCACCUCUCCACAGGUAACUUUAUGUACAGUAUUGGUUGCAAUUGAUCCAGUGGAGAUGGAAUUUGCCGUCACUCCAUAAGUGAAUGCUGAUUGGAAAGAUGUGCAAUAUCCAGGAACAGCAAUUCGUGCAGAGGUGCAAUGGGCAGCCUUGUCAGUCUGAUUGUACUUCUUGUUUUUUAAGAAAGAUUUAAAUGGUUCCUCAGUUGCAGCACACCUAGUAGCGAUCAGAUUUCUGAUUUCUGUGGCUGACUAUGUGAGCUUCUCUGUCACCGAGGAUUUAGUUCAGGGUGUGUUGGAGAGUUUUGUUGUUGUUGUUGUGGGGGUGGGGUUUGGGGGUUUUUUUGCUUUCAAAGGAAGCAUCUCAGCCAGGCUUAACCACCAAAACCAGCUCGGUGGAGCUGCUUCCGUUACUGGGUUGGCAGUGUCGGGGAGGGGAGAGAUCAUGCUUCUCCCCUUCAUCUUGCCAGACUCUUCUGAAUCAAGAAUGAGUAAUGGCUGCUUGCAGGAGAGGCCCUCUCUGUCUCUCUCACCCUUCAAAGAUCCUGAAAAGAGAAUUUAGCAAUACACUGGGCCCUGUGAGCAGCAAGCAUCAAAAUCAAGCACUGCUGGAACAGAAAUCCCUCUCCCAAAGUGCAUCCGUAGGGGAGGAUGACAAGGGACCAGGCCUUCUUGGUGGUGUCCCCCAUGUGUGAAACUCUCUUCCCAGUAAGGUUCAACUGGGUGAACCUGGUUGAACAUCUUUUCGCAACGAGGUACAUAGUGUGCUGCCAAACCUUUGUAAUGCUGUGAUGCAGGGUGAGCAGGUGUGGUUGUGUCGUGUCAUAGGAAGCUGCCUUAUCAGACCGCUGGUCCACCUAGCUCAGUAUUGCCAACACUGGCUGGCAGCAGCUCACCUGUGUUUCAAACAGGGGCACUACCUGGAGAUGCUGGGGAUCAAACCGGGGACCUCUGAUGCACUACCACUAAGUUGCAGCCCUUCUUUAUGCAUUGUGUUAUUUUUACACGAGUUUUUGUCAGCUCCUCCUAAAUUAUGCGCACCGUUUAAAAUAUGUUGCUAGUCUCUUGGACACCUUGUUGUACAACAAGCAACUGGCAGCUGAAAUAAAAGCAAUAUUGAAUGAUCCCUAGAGGAGGAGCGAUUUGUGACCUUGUGUGUUGCUAAAACACACACCUGGUUGUCUGCGUAAGACUCGUCAUCGCCACAAGUGCGCAAGAGCGCCUCCCUGGAGCGCACGUCUGCAUUGCUUCCCCUUUUGGCCGAACUGUGCCCAGACCUGGCUCCUUUUGGCAGGGGGUGGCGUGUGCUCAGUUUCCCCUUUAAUUAGAGAGCUCUGUCUGAGCUGCUGCCAGCCCAGCUGCUCUGCGGUUACGCCUCUGUCCAAGAGAGAAAGAGGCAUCGGAGGUGUCCAAUUAGCUGCAGGCCACCUUCCUGUCUUGGCGUGAUCUCAUUCUUCAGAUGUUGCUUUCUGGUUCCCGGAGCUCUGGAGAGGACAAAAGAGGGUGAUGAUGAUGAUGAACUGAGGCCUUCUUCUGGAAGCCUGUUGAGCCAGCUUUUGGCUUGUGCAAAAUGGAAUAGGUAAUGCUGCAUUUUUCCUGUUUUAUUCGCAGUGCCAGGGUGAGUUGUUUCAGGCCCAUGGGCCAUAUCCGGCCCUCCAGCUGUCUUUUUCUCUCCCAGGGCCACACUGCCUUUCUGGCACUGAUUUACAUCUUGUCCUUGAGUUUGUUUGUUUUUGCCUGAGCUCUGAUCAUGCCUCUUGCUUGUUUGUACAGUAUAUGGAAAAGGCUGGGGGGGGGUUAAACUAGAUUAUUGUGCAAAGGUAGAAUCCACAUUCUUGCUCCACCCACUUUUGCCUCUGGCCCCACCCACCAAUGGGAUGUGGCCCUCGGAAGGUUGCCAAAAAAGUAAUGUGGCCCUCAGGCUCAAAAAUAAUCAAAUGAUCAGCUUUGCCUCUUCUUUAUGUUGCUGGUGGUAUAUACAGUAUACCUUUUUCAAGCCAGGGUGCCUAUAAAGUGUUUGUGUGUAUAAUAUAUAUAUAUAUAUAUAUAUAUAUAUAUAUAUAUAUAUAUAUGUAUAAUUCUGUGUGUGUGCUGGACACAAGGUCUGAUUCACUCUCCCUACCAUUUUCCCCCCAUGCCAAGCGAAAUCCUGAUCAUGAGUAACGGUUAUGACUGCACCUGGCAGCCUUUCUGGGAGAUUGCCUCAUUCCAGGAAAUGUUUAAAACAUUUUUUUUUCUUAGAAAGCGAGUUCCCACCCUUAUUAUUAUUAUUUUUUCAAAUGUUUUCGCCAUCUCUUCUGCCUCUCCCCCCCCCACACACACCUACCCCCCUCUCUCUCAAAAAAACCCAAAACCCCCACAGUGGACCCGGCUUCUCUGCCAUAUUACAGAAGAUCCCUUGUUAUAAAGCAAACUGGAAUGUAGAUUUUGUGGUACGUGUCUGAGGAUGGGUGUGAAUGAGGGUGAUUCUCCUGAGCCACUGCUGCAAGAUGGUCAUAUCUUGGUGCCUGUCCUCUGCAUUUUCCUUAAGGGAAUCAGAACUUCUUCACUUAAGAGUUUCACGACUCUUAUAGAGUGGCUCCCUUCUGAUCUGUCUUGAUCUAACGUGGAUCAUUCUGGAGAAGCAAAACAGGGUGUGUGUAUUUUGAUUAUCUUACCGUGUUUUUCCCCACACAAACUCUUUCCCCCCCCCUUGGAUUUCCACUAACAUUUUGGGAUUCUUUUUGCCAAGCAUGGAUGGAAUGUGAAACUACGAACACUCCGAUGUGUUUGUUUUCCUGCUAAUUUCCCCAUUUUGCUGCUUGUGAAUUCUUCCAAGGGGCUACUGGCUGGGAUGAAAUAAUUGUAAUAUUCACCCAACUUUCCCUGCAUUUGCAAAAAAAUUAAAAAUGAGACCAGUGGUCGAGGGUCCUCCUAGGUGGUCCAUUGAAGUUCGUAAUCCCACCAGCCUCUGUCCAUGUUGUGGUGAUGAAAUUGGGGUGGGGGGGUAUUAGGGAUUUGAAAAGCGUUGGUUUUGAAAUAGUAAAGCUUUUUAUGGCUCCAGACCCUGUUAUUAUUAACAAUAAUAUUUCAUUUAUAUCAACCCUUUCCUCCAAGGAGCUCAAAGUGGUGCACAUAGUUUUUCCUCUUCCAUUUUGUCCUCGCAACAACUGUCUGAGGGUAGGCUCUGCUAAGAGACUGGUCCAGGAUUAUAUCAAAUGAGUUUCAUGGCUGACUAGGGAACUUGAACUCUGGUCUCCCAGGUCCUCGUCCGACACUCUAACCACUGCACCACACUGGCCCACGUAAUAAAUAAGUAAAUAAUCUUGGGAGUCUGGGGCAGGGGGAAGAGUGAUGGUCAAGCUACCCUAAGGUUGCUAGGCGACACGCAACUCUACUCCCAGGCUUCCCUCAGGCAACAAGGCCCUAUGACAAUCGGAGUCUUAUUUUCAGAAUGUGGAACCUCGCCAGCCUUCUGUGUUGAGGAACCGUGAUUCAAGUUGCCGGCCUAGAACCCGCCAGGCCUUCUCAUAGGAUGUCUGUCCCGUGCUUGUUUUUCCUCUACUGUUGUGCCGGCGUCCUUUAUCUCCUCCGGCAAGCCAAACGGAUUCUGUGGAGCCUCCCAUCGCACGGCCUCCCCAUGUGUGAAGUUUUAAUGUUUAACUCUUCUUCCCCGCUUCUUGUUUUUCUCCUUUCCAUCCAUUAGGCGAUUCUGACGGGAUCUCUCGUAGCAACCUGUGAGAGCUUGAAUGACACCCGUGCACGGCCAGCGCGAUUGAUGAGCCUGCUUUGGGUGCCUAUUAAUAGACGGUAAAGAUGGGGCAGAAAGUCACCGGCGGGAUAAAGACUGUGGAUAUGAGGGACCCUGCCUACAGGCCCCUAAAACACGAGCUCCAGGGGCUGGAUUACUGCAAGCCGGCUCGCUUGGACCUCCUCCUAGACAUGCCCGCCGUCUCCUAUGAGAUUCAGCUGCUGCACUCAUGGAACAACGACGACCGCUCACUCAACGUCUUUGUGAAGGAGGACGACAAGCUCAUAUUUCACCGGCAUCCGGUGGCCCAGAGCACGGACGCCAUCCGGGGCAAGGUGGGCUACACGCGGGGUCUCCACGUCUGGCAGAUCACCUGGGCGAUGAGGCAGCGCGGCACGCAUGCGGUGGUCGGCGUGGCCACGGCGGAUGCCCCCCUGCACUCGGUGGGGUACACGACACUCAUCGGGAACAACCACGAGUCGUGGGGGUGGGACCUCGGGCGGAACCGGCUGUACCACGAUGGGAAGAACCAGCCCAGCAAGACGUACCCGGCCUUCUUGGAGGCCGACGAGACUUUCAUCGUGCCCGACUCGUUUUUGGUGGUGCUGGACAUGGACGAUGGGACCUUGAGUUUCAUCGUGGACGGACAGUACAUGGGGGUUGCUUUCCGGGGACUCAAAGGGAAAAAACUGUAUCCGGUCGUGAGCGCCGUGUGGGGCCACUGUGAAAUUAGGAUGCGCUACUUGAAUGGGCUUGACCGUACGUAUUCUCUCUCCUUCAUUUUUCCUACCUGGACUUGAGAGUCUGAAUUGGCUCCUGUGUCUGAGUCACUUUUCUAGGGUUGCCACUUUUCAGUCUUUCCACCUGCUGAGUAAUUUUGUCACCUUUCUGCAUUAGGUAGCCCUGGGUCGUCUAGUUACUCCCACUUGUAGGCAUUUAUGCUGCCUUUGGAGCGGGAGGGUGCCUGUUGCAUCUCUGAAUGAUGCAUUACUCUGGGCUGGUCUACCUCUAAGCCAGGCGAUUGUGUGUGGCUUUUCAGAAGGCAGGUAAUUCCCUUCCUCCCUUUCUCCAACACUUUAGAAAUUAAUCUGUUGAGGGUAAGUAAGCCUCCCAUUCUGACUCAGAAUUAAAAUCAAGAACUUAGGGGACUCCAGGUCUGGAGGUUUUCCACGGAGCUAUCCUCCCUGGGUCCUCCAUAUGUUUCUGUGAAUGCAUGUAUGCUUUUAAGAAAGUGCAACACGCCAGACACUUGUCUGCUUAUCUAAAUUCCCGUUAAGGGUAAGCGGGGCUUUGUGCUGAGUCACAGCUUUUGAAAAUGACUCAGUGAAAAAUAUCUGGCCUGGUCACCUCUAGUCCUUUUUAGCCUGUCUUCUCCCUGCGGUGUGUGAUACCUUCUGUUGUCCGUCUCUGGUUUCUCCCAGCUGCAAACACUUUAGUGGCACAUCCUGUGUUUUAUUACCCCAUGCAGUUUGCAAAUGUGUGUGUACUUGGCAGGGAAACCUGCUUCUCAAAACGGAAGUGGGCACAGAUUGCAGGAAGCACAGGAGAGGCAGUGUUCCUCGCUUCCUCCUCCCCCCCCCCCCAGCCGCCCCCCCACCCCAGUGGGGACCCCCUUUUAAGUGACGUUUUACAGGGCUAUCCCACCAUCCUCCUUUGCGCCUGUUGUUCAGAGGAGACAUGGCAGGCAGAGGCAUCCCAGGAACACCUAAGCGGGCCCCGUUGAAAAGUGGUUAAAAGACCAGCUCACUUCCUUUUGCUAAGUGAAACCCACACAGUUCAUUGCUUUAGCGUCUCUUUGUGAAAAUGACAGGUAGAACUGAAGUACAGUUCAUAUGGACUAGGGAACUACCCAGAAUGUUCCAAGUGGAGGAUGUUUCUGUGAUCCCAGAGUACCCAACAGCAGGCGAGGUGGCCCACAGCCUCCCUGCGUGAUUACCUGUUCUGGCCUCACUUUGUGUGGAUCAGCAACUUCUGGGUUCAAGUGUGGAUGCUUCUGCUUGGCACUCUGAUUGACGAGUGCCCGACUCAUUCAGUAACCCCCGACGCAGAAGUGCAGCAUGUAAGACUGCCCAUUCCCCCAGAAGAGGCUGCCUGUCGCAUCUCUGCAUGAGUGGGCAUGCCUUGCGCCUGGUCCAGGAGGUGGCGCUCAGAACAUUGACAACUGGAAUCCAAAGCUACUGGAGGGCCCCAGGUUGGAAGAAACUAUGAUCACUGGGGCUACCAGUUGCUGGAAACUACAGGAGGGGGUUUGCUCUUGUGCUGGAGUCUCGCUUGCAGCUUUCCAUCUGAUUGGCCGCUGUGAGAACAGGAUGCUGGACUAGACGGGCCAUUGGCCUCAUCUAGCAGACUCUUCUUACAUUCUUGAAGUAAGCUCAAUUUUGACAACCAGCAAGGCACUCUCAGGCUCAAGAGCCGUUGUUUCAUAUGUUGUACAUUGCACAUUCCUGGUUUUGGUGUCUUCUCCAGAACACCCCCACCCCAGAAAUGGGUUUGCCGACACAGCUGGCUUUCAGAUGCGAAGUGUACACUUAGCAGCCUGAUGGAGCACACGCCCAAAGCUUCCCCUGCCUUCUCAAGCCCAGAUCUUAUUGCCAUCUCUUAAGAAACAAAACUGGAUCCUUCUUCACGUGGCGCAAAGUUAAACUGUGGAACUCACUCCCACUGGAGGCAAUGACUGCCACCAGCUUGGAUGGCUUUGUAAAAAAAGAUAAUGCCACUUAGGCCUUUCUUUCUCUAGCCAGCAAGGGCUUUUAAAAAGAAAUAAAAUGUAAGUACAGUGGUACCUCAGGUUAAGUACUUAAUUUGUUCCGGAGGUCCGUACUUAACCUGAAACUGUUCUUAACCUGAAGCACCACUUUAGCUAAUGAGGCCUCCUGCUGCUGCCGCGCUGCCAGAGCACAAUUUCUGUUUUCAUCCUGAAGCAAAGUUCUUAACCCGAAGCAAUAUUUCUGGGUUAGUGGAGUCUGUAACCUGAAGCGUAUGUAACCUGAGGUACCACUGUAUUGGAAGAGAAAGUAGUCCAUAUUCUGCACUAAGAGAACCUGGUUUUUGUGGGGGAAACCUUCUCUUUGUAACCCAGUUUGCUUAAGUCUGAGUUGUUUGUGCAGAGUCUCUUUCUGACUAUGAGGAGCUGCCCCAGGCCUAAACUUGGCGCUGAAUUCCUGCCCCUGGAAAUUCUACUUACUGACCUGACUCCCAGUAUUGCGCCAGCAACUCUCUGCAGCCUUCAGGGCUAGUAAGUUGUUUCUCUUCUUCCAUGAAGUUGAGGUUAUCAGGAUGGCCUGUUCUGCAGUUGACUAGAAUUGCAACACUGGCCUUCUUGGCCAGAGGCAGCUGCUUGGGGGGUGGGGACGUGUAUGGCUGGAUCUAGCUGGAUCUAUUUCAUUUGCCUGCAGGUUACAUCGCCGUAGCCUUAAGACUGAAGGAUUCUCCUGCCGUGGGGGCUUCUUGGCAAAAUAACAUUCAAGCUACAGGUUUGGCAGGUCAUGGCUGUCACAGACCCUUUUAACAUUUGGUUGUAUCAAGGCCUAUGCAACACUUGAGCAUUACCUGUUUUUGCUCUGUGUCUUCCAAACUGAGAGGCUCCGUGUGGCGGUUUGUUGUACACCAAUAGUUAUGCAGUAGAAGUGGCCAUGCAGUCAGCACACAAGUGUGUUUUGAGUUACGCUUGCAUCAAUCUGCAAGCAGAAAUUAGGAACCUCUUGUGGAGGUGUGGGCUGUUUCUUUUCAAAACCUAGAGCAACCUUUGCCAACCUGGUUGGUCCUACAAAGGAGAGGAACUCAAGACCCAUUCAGAGGGCCCUCUGACUGGCUGGAUGGUAGAGCAUCUGUUUUGAAUGCAGAAGGUCUAGUCCGCAAUGACAUCUCCAAGUAGGGCUGGAAGAGACUCCCUGUCUGAAAUCCUAGGGCAGGCAUAGGCAGACUUGGCCCUCCAGAUGUUUUGGGACUACAACUCCCAUCAUCCCUAACUAACAGGACCAGUGGUCAGGGAUGAUGGGAACUGUAGUCUCAAAAUAGCUGGAGGGCCACUUGGUCCUCCAGCUGUUUUGGGACUACAACUCCCAUCAUCCUUAGCUAGCAGUAGUCAGGGAUGAUGGGAAUUGUAGUCCAAAAACAGCUGGAGGGCCAAGUUUGGGAAACCCUGGUGUAAACAGCACUGAUCUCAAUAAUCUGGACAAGGAACACCGAGCUGAGCUUUCCAACUUCCCUGGUGGAAGCAGAAUGCACUUGGACUUCACCAGUGACUUCGCGUUCCAGAAGUUUGAAGUUAUAUUUCUCUCUUCCUCUGCCUGCUGCCCCCGCCCCCAGUUUUCCAAGCCAGCCGGCGGUCUUCCUUGUGAUCAAGGCUCACGUCUUCAACUACCUCAGUGGAAAAUGUGUCUGGGGAGGAAAUUGCAGCUGGAAGUAAGUCACCGCGCUGAGGCUCUACCCAAACAAAAAGGGAGUUUUUGUUGCCCAUAUCUGUGACGUCGGCUCUGCGCGGGGGGCCUGUGCAGGUGUCCUGCCUGCAGAGUCGGUCAGCGAGCAGGGUGGGGCUCCUUUUCAGGAAAUCUUAAGUCAACAAAAUGCAAAUUUCCUCAGAUCCUUGCCAGGAGAGAAAGAUGCUACCUGGAUUGAGAUUGGCCAGUGCUCCCAGCUGGGAAGAUGUGUCGCAAAGUUGUGGGAUGUUUUUCCAGGGCCUGUCUUGAGAAGGGCAGUAGCUCCGUGGCGGUGUUUGCCUUGCAUGCAGAAGUCCACAGCAGCAUUACCAGGUAGUGCCGGCUGCGAAUGCCUCUUCUCUGAAAACCCUGGAAAGCCACUGCCAGUCAGUGUAGACGGUACUGAGCUAGAUGGAUCAACUAUCUGAUUCAGAAUAAGGCAGUUUCCUAUGUUGCAAGGAAAUGGCCCUAGCUCAGUGGUAGAGCACCUGCUUUGCAUCCUGGUGGUUCAGUCCCCACUGUCUCCAGGUAGAACUGACAAAGAACCCUGUCUGAAAACCCUGCCAGUCAGUGUAGACACAGCUUGGCUAGAUGGACCCAAUGGUCUGACUCAGUUUAAAGCAGUCUCCUGUGAGAUCCUGAGUAGUUUUAUUUAUCUUCUUAUUUAUAACAAUACUUAUAAUAUGUACUGCAAUUUCUUUAGAAAAAUCAAAACAGUAUAGACACACACUCAUACAACCAAAAUUAAUUAGCCAGCUAAGAGUUCUUCUAAGGGACAUGGGUGGCGCUGUGGGUUAAACCCCAGAACCUAGGACUUGCCAAUCAGAAGGUUGGCAGUUCGAAUCCCCGCAAUGGGGUGUGCUCCCAUUGCUCGGUCCCUGCUCCUGCCAACCUAGCAGUUCAAAAGCACAUCAAAGUGCAAGUAGAUCAAUAGGUACCGCUCCGGUAGGAAGGUAAUCGGUGUUUCCGUGCGUUGCUCUGGUUCGCCAGAAGUGACUUAGUUAUGCUGGCCACAUGACCCGGAAGCUGUACGCCGGCUCCCUCGGCCAAUAAAGCGAGAUGAGCUCCGCAACCCCAGAGUCGGUCACGACUGGACCUAAUGGUCAGGGGUCCCUUUACCUUUACCUUAAGUGUUCUUUUAAAAGUUUUUUCAUUAGUUGUUUGUUUGCAUAAGAAGAGUUUUCAGCCAUCUAAGGCUGAAAACCCAGGCUGGUGUCCCUCCAAAUAUUGAUGAUCUCCCAUCAUCCCUGACCAUUGAGCAUGCUGGCCGAGACUGAUGGGAGUCGGAGUCCAACCGCACCUGGAAGUGUACCAUAUUGGCUACCUCUGGUGUAAAAGUUGCUGAGGGCACCUGUUCCAUCUCUGUGAGAAGACUCUGCAACACUGGACGAAUGACACCAGAGGCUUUGCUUCAUGCUGAACUGAACGUGCAAGUGAUUUUGAAGACCGAGCUUGGGGUAUCAGUGUUUAUGAAGGCCAGGGCUGUUAGUUAGAACAAGAUCUGGCAGGAAGUAUCUUUUCAUUCAAGAGAGAUUGAGCCAGGCUAGUGGAAGGCAGAUGUGGCAAAACCUGGGGCCUAUGUAUGCGCUCCACAUCCACAGGAGCGCCAUUGUGUACGGUGUUGGGUGCAGAAGCGUGGACGUGGUUUUCUUAAACUGCUGUAUCUUGGCUGGGUUCUUUUAAAAAACAAAACAGAUUUGUCUGAAGUUUGGACAACUUCUGGCAUGCAGUGUGUGGGGUGCUCCGUGCCAGAUUUCAGACUGCUUGAAGAAAUCCUCUUCAUUUUAUUAACAUUUGGAGAACAUUAUUGUCGUGGAAUGUUUGUAAGAGACAGGCGCGCACAGUGUGUCUGUAUUAAACAAGACAUGUAGUCCUGUACCGAGGCUCUAACGGAGCUGUGUUUGUAGAACUAUAGCUGUACCUCGGGUUAAAUACGCUUCAGGUUACAGACUCCACUAACCCAGAAAUAGUGCUUCAGGUUAAGAACUUUGCUUCAGGAUGAGAACAGAAAUUGUGCUCCGGCGGCACGGCAGCAGCAGGAGGCCCCAUUAGGUAAAGUGGUGCUUUAGGUUAAGAACAGUUUUAGGUUAAGAACGGACCUCCGGAACGAAUUAAGUACUUAACCCGAGGUACCACUGUAGAUCAGUACUGCUGCUUAUGACAAUAAUUGUAGUUGAAGAGUGCUGGGAACUGCACCUCUGUGAAGGUUGAACUACGGUUCCCAGGAUUCUUAUUGAGGAAGACAUGUGCUUUAAAUGGAUGGUGUGCAGGCAGCCCUGGAUUCUAUACUGAUAAACAUCCUCUUUCAGUCUUUUGCAUGCUGCAAAGGGGUGCUUUGUACUGUACAUUCUUAAUUCUUAGCACUGAAGUUAAUGCUCUUUGGCUCUCUUUUUUCCCCUCUCCUGCAGCUGAACCUCUGCCUCUGAUGGACCUUUGCCGGCGCUCCGUCCGCCUUGCCCUGGGCAAGGACCGCUUGAACGAGAUCCACGCACUGCCACUGCCAGAAUCCCUGAAGAGCUACCUUCUCUAUCAAUGACCCCCUCGUUUUGAGGCGGGAUGGACAGACACUCUCGCGAGAAGCAAAAGAGAGAGAUCGAUUGAGUGGACUACAGUAUUCUUGGAUAUUAUAUCUAUAUAUAUAUAGACAUACAUCAAACUUUCACUCUCCUAAUCUGCUUCAGUCGAUCCCAGCUUGGAUCCAGUCCCUCUCCCCAUGCCAAAUUAGGGGGUCGGGGAGAGAAACCUACAAUACAUGCCUUUCGAAGAGCCCAACCUACUUAAAAGCCAUGUUCUGCCCUCCAGAGAUCUCUGUUGCAAGAAGUCGACAUGAUGGAAUUAAAGGUACCAGGUGCUCAGAUGGGGGUACAAGAUGGUUUGCCACGGACCUGAGGAUUUGAUUUUUUUUAUUUAAAAAAACCUGCCCAGCAACGCUUCAAGGAGAAGAUGAUGACACCAAAAAUAUUGCUCCGUGCGGACGUUGUUUUUAAACGAUACUGGAAUAGGCAGCCGUUGUGGGUGUCAAAGAAAUGUCUUAUGCCCUGUAUGCGAAUCCUGCUCCUCUUUAAUUUUGAUUCUGUGUUGGCCUCUGCCUUCAGACCACUCAAAUUGCUUGCCUUUCUUUUCUUUUUUCUGGGAAUUCACUUGAACCUGUAGCCUGGGAGUUGGAGAUAUGGGGGGUUACCAUGGGAUGAAGCUCCAGUAGCUCAGGGUUGGAGACCCUGUGGGUCAUCUGGAUGUUGUUGUGCUACAGCUCCCAUCAUGCCUGACCACUGGCCUCAGUGACUGGAGCUGAUGGGCGUUGGGAGUCAACCAUCAUCUGCAGGGCCACUGGUUCCCCAUACCUGCUUGUGAAACAGCUAGAGAGCCCACCUUGGGUUAGGAUGUGGUUGUGAGUGAUGAAGUCUCAAGAAUUUGCUCUCCUAGACUGGCUUUGCCUUGAGUUCCUUGGCAAUACUCCCAUCAGCUCCCCCUCUUUAGCCAAGUCUUGGUUUUAGUUUAGUUGACCUGUGAAAUGGGUUUAAAAUAGGCAUGGAGUUGUCAUCCAGCAGCAUCUGAAGGACCGCAGUUUAGCCACCCCUGAUUUAAAAUCCUGGUGAUGCCUGGGUUUAUCUCCUGCUUUCUUAAGCCAGCUCUCUUUCCCAUCACAGUAUGUUGGUCACAACCAUUGGCGUUCCAGUCCUGUUGGUGGGAUAUGGAGAAAGAUUUGGCCAAGCCAGUGACUAUAGUUUUCUUUGUAGUGUCUGCUCCUAUCAGAUUUUAUUUUUUCGUCAAAAGAGAAUUCUCCAUCUUGGCCUUACCCUGUCCCUGAACACAGCUAUCUUGUCAGGCUACAUUCUUACUGUGCAUUUAAAGCACAAUGCUACCAUGUUUAACAGUCAUAGCUCUCCCAUCAAAGAAUUCUGGGAGCUGUGGUUUGUUCAGGGGGCUGAGAGUUGUUGGAAGACCUGCCCACCUCAUUCCUGUUAGAGCUAAAAUCCCCAGAGUUCCUUGUGAAGGAAGGAAUGAUGGUUAAUUCAUACUGGGAGAGAAAUAGGGGUCUUCUAACAACUUGCAGCACCCUCAAUAAACUACAGUUCCCAAAAUUCUGGUGGGGGACAGCGGAAGCCGUGACUGUUGAAAGUCGUAUCCUAGUGGUCAAAGUGGAUGUUUUGAAUGUGGCCCUAGAGUACCAGCUAUGGAUUGACCUUAGCACAGAAAGAGAGCUGAAUCUUGUUGAGAGAAAACAUGCCCCAGUUUGGUGCAGGGCAGGAAGUGUCAAUGUGAACACUACAGUCCUUGAAGACUCAAGAGUACAUCCUUCGUAUGCAAGGCACACAAGGUUUUCAUCUAGAAGAGCAAAUGUUCUCCUUUAUCCGAGCAACCUGAAAGCCUUCCCCAAAAAGCUUCUGAACUGCCAUCACAGAGGGGUUUAUUUGCACAAUUUUUUUUCCAUUAUGGGGGAGGAAAAUAAAUCUGCCUCUCACUUUCCCACCCUCACCAUACUUGUGUCAGGUGUGUUCUGUAGAGGUACAAAUGAGCUUAUUUGUUAGAAAAUGUUAAUAUAUUUUUGUGGGCGGGUGUUCCCCCCUUUGUAUAGAAGAGGACUGUUUGGGGGUUUUUUGUUUGUUUGUUUUUUAAAGAAAUGCUGCUGUAGGGUUUUUUAAAAAUGAAAAUAGCCUAGUUUUUAAGAAGCACAGAACUGGUGCCAAGUUUGGAUUUGGGAGGAGACCUUGACGUGCCUCCCUUUUUAAAGUCAACUGUUAUAAGUGGGACACUUUUUCAAAUUGCACAGAGGAUUUUAAUGUGUACAGAGCCAAGGAUUUUUAAACCAAUCCUAAUUGUGUCUUUUCCACUGACACUGGGAAUUGUCCUCGUCACCUCUUUGGUGUUUUUUUUCCUUUUCAUUUCUCCCGUUUUUGUUUCUCUCUAGUCUUCUACCACCCUUCCCAUCUCCUCUUUAUACCUCUUGGUGUAUUUGGCUUGUACGGUUUUUAAAUCUCUCACUAGUCCCACCCACUCCGUCCCCCAUUGACUGUAGAUAAUCAAUAACCAAAUUUAAAAAUAAAAAUUUAUUAAAUAUUGA